CCUUCCUCACUGACACUCCACUCCCCAGUCACCAGUCAAACUUGAAACCAUACUUACUCAUUACUCACUCACCUGACUUCAACAUUUUCACUUCGAAUCAAAUCUCACUUAGAUUCCCACUUUGAACCAUUCUUUCACUUCCUUAUUACCCACUCACUUGACUUCAACAUUUUCACUUAAGAAUGAAAUCUCACUUGGAUUCCCAAUUUGAACCAUAUUGCACGCCCAUGCCUGGCUAGAUCCAUUUCCCUCCAACAACCUGCCUCCUCUCUCUUUCUUCUUCCAAUUCGCAUUUCCCACCCCUUUAUAUUUCAUUUCCCUCCUUCCCUUCUCACUUCCCACUUCCCACUCCUCCGUUUUCAUAUUAUUUCUUCUCUCUUCUCUGCUAUAGAGAAUAAUGGAACAGUUGCCAUUGGAGCGGAGACCGCGAAUGCUUAAAGAUUUCCUCCUUGAUGACUCAAAUUCAUCUUCUUCCUGUGGUUUCAAAUCGUUUCCGAGGCGAAAAUGUCAGGAUCGUGAACCCUGCGUUCCAAAUCUCAUCCAAAUUGAUCUUAAUUCAAACCGAUGCAAACUUCAGAGAAGCCGAUCCAAGGCUGCAGCUGGGAAAAUGUCGGCUUUCCAAUCCGUGAUCAACGCCGUCAAGAACAUCCAUUUCGCGACGGUUAAAUCACCCACCUUCUUCUCGAGAAGCCUGCCGCGGAGGAAUUCAAAUCGUGUUUGUCAUAAGAAAGAAAAUGAAGUCAAAUUUAAGGUAAUUACGGUUAAAGACAUCAUGCGGUGGCAGUCGUUCUGUGAGUUCGUGGAUGAAAAAUCUCCGCCGCUAGAUCUUGUUCCUUCACCUCAGCACUGCACCACCACCAGGUCCACCACUACGACGGCCUCCUCCACCACCACACCUUAUAGCAACAACCGGUCCAGCUGUUGUGAGAGUGAUUGCACGUCGGAGUAUUUACCAGAGGAAUGUGGUGAGAACAACUUACAGUGUGUCGGCGAGGAUUCAGUGCAGAAGACAAGGGUGGUAGCAUCUGAGUCUGCAGUGGGGCCUAAGGGGGAAUUGGAAUAUGAGGAGGAAGAACAACAGAGCCCAGUUUCAGUGCUUGGUUUUCAAUAUGAGGAAGCUGAAGAACCAAUAUCCUCUUUUAAUCAAAGCCUUGCACAUAUGGAGAGGGAAAAGCAGAAGCUUGUGCAAAAGAUUAGGCAUUUCCAGUGUCUGGCCAAAAUGAACCCUACCAAUCUAGAAGAGUGGAUGUCAAUGGAAGAAGAAGAAGAAGAUGAUAAUGAUGAUGAUGACGACGCGAAGGAAGAAACGGAUGGUAUUGAAAAGAAGGCAAAAUGGCUGCUAGAUCAUGCCAAAGCAACCAGUUCAUUAGGGACCGAUAAAAACAACAUGGACAAACUGCUUUUGGACUUAUUCAGAGAAGAAUUAUAUAAAAUUAAAGAUCAUGGUAGAAAUUAUGAGAUUGAGAAUGAAAUGGUUAGGAUAGCAAAGUCAUGGAUCAAUAGGGAAAGUAGGGAGGUUGUGGAUUGGGUAGCAGAGGACAUGGGAGAGAUUUUUUUAAGAGAUGUGGAUAGAGGAGGGUGGAGCAAGUUUGAAGAAGAACAAGAAGGGCUGGCUUUUGAAGUUGAGCGUGGGACGGUGAACUAUUUGGUGGAUGAGCUGCUAGGUGAUCUAUUAUUGAGCUGAUUUUGCCAAUUCAAAGAGGCAAAACACAUGCCAGUUAUAUGUGAAUGAGAAGCAGGGACAGGUUGGAUCAUAACUUAUGUCAAUUUUAUUAGUUUUGAAGUAUAAAUGAAUUGGACAUUU